AUGAAGAAGGAAUUCUUCAAUGGGAAGAGCACCGCGGGGCCUCUGCGCGCCCCGCACCCUCCGGCCAGACCAGAGCAGCACCCAUCCCCAUCAGGAGGCAUUAGUGCAGAGGAGUUCCCAUCGCAGACACUGCCCCCUGUGAAGUCGUCUGACCAGCUGACCAUUAAGUUGCCUCCACUUCUCUCACUGACAAUUGACAGAGACAACAAGAAGAUUCGAGAAGUCACCGAGAAGAUGAUGGAGCUGCUGAGUGAAGAACGGAUUUAUAUAAAAGCUGAGAUAAAAGAGGAAGAAGAAGAGACGAGUGUGAUGGGUAAUCAGCAACCUACGGAGGAUGUUGAGAAGAGCUCAGAAAAGAAACUGAAGAAAUCUUCCAUUGAUAUUGGCAAAGAUGGACGCUAUUUCAUGGACACCUCAGAGAGACAUCUUUUAUUAUCUGGAGAUAAUGAGGAAGAUAAUGACAUCACACACCAUUCUCCAGGAGUGAAUCCCAUUACGCAUAAUAGACAUCACAGGCCUUCCCAUUCAGAGACAUCAUUGGAUCCCUCUAAUCCUGAGGAAUCUUCUGACCAAUCACAGACGGUUAGUCCAGAAACCUAUCUGAGAUCUGAGGGUGCGGAGAGAUCAACAGACCCAUCGAAUAAGAAGGAAUCUUCUAUAAGCCAUGAAGGAGGUCACACGGGGGAGAAUUUAAUGUCAUGUUUGGGGUGCGGGAAAACCUUCACAAUGAAAUCUGAACUUCUUCUACAUCUCAGAACUCACACAAGGGCGACCUAUACGUGUUCAAAGUGCGGGAAAGCUUUCACCGAGAAAAGCGAACUCCGUACACAUCAGAAAAGUCACACGGGGGAAAAUCCUUCCUCUCACACAGGCGAGAGUCCGAUGUCGUGCUUGGGGUGUGGGAAAUCCUUUACAACGAGAUCCGACCUCCUCAUACAUCUCAGAUCUCACACCAGUGUGACUUUUACGUGCUCAGAAUGCGGGGAAACUUUCACUGAGAAAAUCGAACUUCUCGCACACCAGAAAAUUCACAAUCCGUAUUCCUGCACAGAGUGCGGGAAAUCCUUCACCCUGAAAGGAGAUUUUACCAGGCACCAGAGAGUUCACACCGGCGAGCGUCCUUUUUCUUGCUCGGAGUGUGGGAAAAGUUUUACCCAAAAAGCAAACCUUGUCAUACACCAGAGAAUUCACACCGGGGAACGUCCCUUUUCAUGUACAGAGUGCGGGAAGUGUUUCACCGACAAAGGAAAGCUUACUGCACACCAGAAAAGUCACACGGGCGAGCGUCCUUAUUCGUGUUCGGAGUGCGGGAAAACUUUCGUCAAGAAAGGAGAACUCCUUAAACAUCAGAGAACUCACACGGGUGAGCGUCCUUACUCGUGUUCCGACUGCGGGAAGUGUUUUGCUCUUAAAGGAAAUCUAAAUACGCAUCAGAAAACACACUCCCGUUGAUAACGUUCACAGGUUGAA